AUAGCUAAAUUCAAACGAAAAAUCAUGAUAAAACCCAUGAGAUCAGAUUAGUGACUAAUAUGGCACUCGCUCAUCUAACUAUAAUAACGGGAGUCUCAGUAUGUAAUUCUGUUUUCUCCGCCCCAGAUGGAGGGGCAGCGUUGGAUGAGUGGUUUCCGGAGAAGGCUGAAACUAUCAGCCCAUUGAGAUCAGGCAACGUACCGGCCACGAAACAGGCACUGUUUCGUGGCCGGGUGCGUUGAGGACCCAAGGUGUGAGGGUCGGGAUGCAAAGUCGUUUGGAUGAGCGGUUCUUCAGAAAGCUGCAAGCUGUAAAACAAGAGGCCAAGCAUUCUUCAGUAAGAAUCUGAAAUUGCUUUGCUUGACUGACCCCUGCGGCUGUGAGUGAACUGCAGCCUGCUUUAGAUCACUCUGGAAUGGGAGCGAGCACACAAUACAGGCAAUUUAGUACGAGUGGAGCCUCCUGAAAACAACCGAUGAGAGAACCACGGAGCGUGGACGUGAUGGGAGUAUUUCUGAGCGAAAAUACAAACUUUACCAACGGAUUUAUCCAAGUCAACCGAACCCAGCUCCUCCCAUCGCAGGCGGACGAGAGGAAGGCCAUCGCACUGCCGGUUCUCAUGUUUGCCGGCGGAGCGCUCGGGAACAUAAUCGCGAUAGUCGUGCUGUCGAUAUCGCGGCAGGAUCGAAAAUCGUCGGCAUUCUACACGCUGGUCUGCGGCCUGGCCGUCACGGACCUGCUGGGCACCUGCCUGGCCAGCCCGCUGACCAUCGCCAACUACCUGGACGAGCACAUCCUGGAGAACGGCCACCUGUGCGCCUUCCAGUCCUUCCUGCUGCUGUUCUUCGGCGUGGCGGGACUGAGCAUCAUCUGCGCCAUGUCGGCCGAGCGGUACAUGGCGAUAUGCUGCCCGUACACGUACCGCCGGUGGCGCGUGGGCCGACGCUUCGCGCAGAAGUUUUUGUUCUCGAUUUACGUCAGCAACGUGCUUUUCUGCUGCCUGCCCAUGAUGGGGAUGGCGAGGAGCGAGCUCCAGACGUCGCUCACCUGGUGUUUCAUCGAGUGGCGGAAGCAGGACCCACUCCCGGCCGCGUACACCUUCCUGUACGGCACGGCGAGCCUGUCGCUGAUAUUGGCGACGGUGGUGUUCAACGUGGCGGUGUGCGGGACGCUGCUGCUCAUGCGCAAGAAGACGGUUCAGCGGCCCUCGACCAGGGCCAGCGUGCGCGAGCGCUGGGUGGCGCUCUCGUCCGCCGCCGAGACGCAGAUGAUCGUCGUGCUCGUGCUAACCUCGGUGGUGGUGCUCGCGUGCUCCGCGCCGUUGGUGGCGCGGGUGUUCGCCAACCAGAUCAUGCACCAGGACUAUCACCAGGCUGACCUCACUGCCAUCCGAAUAGCAGCGGUGAACCCCAUCCUGGACCCGUGGAUAUACAUCCUGCUCAGAAGGUCUCUUUUCAAGAGGAUAUUGAGGUCGUCGAGGAGAGUCAGGAUAUCGCAGAACAAGCGAAGCUCUCCUCCGUCGUCACAGACGCUGUUUAACCCGGGCCCCGAACCCACGAUCGGCAGUAGCCACGUCCUGACGCAGCUCCUGAGCAACUCGAACGUCAUCACGCAGCUGCCGGCGUACAUACCUUACGACCCGGAGGCUCAGCAGCAGGCCCGUGGAGACACGUUGGAAAACGUAUAAACUUUGAAGGGUUGAGUUCCGAGUCAAGAACAUGUUUUUAUCUCUCUCGACAAGACCACAGACUUUAAGGGUUUGUCAAGACACACCAGACAGAGGAUUGAUUGUAAGUCUACAUGCAGCCUGUGUAUAUUUUUUUUUACCGUUUUACCUGGAUUAUAUUAUAUUUAUACUGUACAUUGUGUAAUAAACAGAUUCGCUUUAGGUUGCAAUUAAUAUAUUUACAUGGCAAUAUAUGCCAGUGAACUCCGUAGUUCUGUUGGUCUCUACCGUUUAGUGAAUUAAUCAGAUAAGCACCAGGCAAGGUCAUGUGUGGGUGUGAGUGCACCCUCAGACACCAGGAGCACAAGAACGAAUUCAACAACCAAUUAUUCCACAAUGCAUUUAUUCCUUUCUAACAUUUAAAAAUAGCAUUUUACUUAACUUAAGGUGACAAUAAAGGUGCUAUGUGGCCAAGGUCAGAAAUUAACUUUUGUCCCCAACCCCUUAUAAAAACCUGUACAUAAGCUGAGCUAAUUUAAUUAAAUCAGCAUACACAAUGUCGUCAUAAAACGCCUGCUAGAAUACAUUUAAAAGUUCGAACAUCUUCCCAGUAGCAAUUUCCAGUGUCACCAGUUUCCAUUCGUACAACGGACAAAAGAUAGUUAACAUGACAAAUCGAUCAACACUGGCUUCCUCCACUGGGCCGAUUUCCAGUCCCUGCAUUUCAAUUUGUCCAGGG